GUUUCGUGUGCUAUAUUUGUAAGUGUUUCAAAUCAUUGUUUAGCUUUACAAACUAACCGCUGGUUUUAAAUGACAAACAUGCCUUGUGAUACAAGGGCUGCCGUUCAAUCGAUCGGAAACACAGAUAUUAUAUUGACAAAAGAGGCGCGGGGGUUUCGGAGCCUGUCAGUACAGUCAAUAACAUCGAUCCGCACAAAGAAAUUAGCAAACAUGCAGGUGCUGAAUCCUGUUAUGACACACAGGGGCUCACUGUGAAAAGAUCAGGUGGUCUUUAUUGGAAAUGCCAGCUGUCUUACCAGGCGCAUAUGAGCUAGGAUAAGAAAUCGUGUUCAAAAGUAACUAUUGGAAUAUAUAUAUAUAGAGAUCGAACUUCAAGGGACACAGGCAAAGAGAACGGGCACAUUGGCCCCACGAAGUACUCCACUAUCGAUUAUCUAGAGAGCGAAGUAGAGAGUGUGGAGGACGUGUGGGUCAAGAUGGUGGUACCUCCACAGAGCGAGGACAGCGAAGACGAUGACACUGCACCAAUGUAUGAGUCAGAAACGACGCCGCUUAGAAAGAAACGCUCGGGCAAAGAUUUCGAGGAAAUGGCAUCUUGUCCAUCCAAUCUGUACUGCGUUGGAGAUCCGGACGAGGAGUCAGCCGGUCAUAGAAAUGGCCUGCUGGGGCGGUCCAAUACGGCCAAGGGUGUGCUCUAUACUACAUAUAAGGAUAAGGCCAAGGCCACCCUCGUCAAAACUAAUGUGUUGACGCCAGAUGACGUCAUGGCGGCACGAGCCACGAACCCGUCUUCCAUCUACUGCAUUCCGGAGGCCUCCUUCACCAAACGGCCGGCCGUGGAUGUCAAAGUCAAGAACCUAUCGUACACAGUAAAUCCCCAGUCCCUGUCAUGGUGGCAGAAGCUGUCUACGAUGCAGCUUCCGUGGGAGUGGGUGGACGCCAGCGAGCCGCAGCAGGUCCUCAAAAACGUCUCAUUUAGCGUCAAGAGCGGUCAGAUGUUGGCCAUAAUGGGAAACUCAGGCAGCGGAAAGACCACCCUGCUGGACGUGAUUGCGUGCCGGACGGAGGGCAGCGGGUUGAUUGAUGGCGACGUGUACCUGAAUAACCACCAGCGCACAAGCGCCAUGGUGCGGGGCUGCUCCGCAUACGUCCGUCAGGAUGACCGCCUGCUGCCUCACCUCACCGUCAAGGAGACCCUCAUGUUUGUGGCUCAGCUUAAGCUGCCAACCACCUUCACCAGUAGCCAAAUUGAGAAAAGAGUUGACAGCGUAAUCAUGGAGCUGGGCCUCUCGCACGUGUCGGACAGCAAGGUGGGCGGGGCAGAGGACAGGGGUGUUUCUGGUGGGGAGCGCCGCCGGGUCAGCAUCGGUGUCCAGCUGCUGUUAGAUCCUAGCGUAUUGUUCCUGGACGAGCCUACUUCCGGUCUAGACUCGUUCACGGCUCACCACCUGGUGGAGACGUUGGCCAAGUUGGCGCGCAACAACCGGGCAGUCCUUCUGUCAAUCCACCAGCCCAGGUCUGACAUCUUCGAGCUGUUUGACCGCGUAUUAAUAUUGUCCAAGGGUGAGAUGGUAUACUGUGGUCAGGCCCAAAGCAUGGUCCCGUACUUCAGCGACCUCGGAUAUCCUUGCCCGGAGUUCACGAACCCGUGUGACUUUUAUGUGGACCUCGCAACAAUCGAUCCGACGAGCGAGGAAACGGAAGUGACCAGUACCACCACAGUGCGAGCGCUCAUGGACAACCACAAGCGGCAGGAGAAAGAGCUGUCUGACGUCACUUCCGGUGGCUCGCAAAAUGAGGAUGACAAGCGAAAAGAACAGUGGCCCGUCCUCGCCAUGUUCCGGAACCUGGACCACCUGCCUGGCUCUCUAAAACAGUUCUGGAUACUCUACAGACGGUCCACCCGGAACAUCGUCGAAGACUACGGUUACCUAGCAACCCAGUUCAUCCAGGCGGCGGCCAUGUCGGUGGUGGUAGGGCUCGUCUACUUUAACCUUGCCAAAGACCAGUCGUCCAUGCGGGACAGGUUCGGCAUGAUGUACAUCCUGGGCGCCCUCUACCCCUACAUGGUGGUCCUGGAUCUCAUCGGCGUCUAUCAUAAAGAACGGUCAUUCCUUUACUUCGAACUAGAAGACAGGCUGUAUGGGGUUGGUCCGUACUACUUUGCUAAGAUCUUUAGCGAGUUACCAUUCCACACAUUCUACGUUGCGGUGUACGCGGUGCCGGUCUACUUCAUAGCGGCCCUCAAGAUGAACGUGUACGACUUCCUGACGGUGUUCGCCAUCCUGUUCCUGCUGGUGUAUUGUAGUCGUACCCUCGCCAUGUUCUCCGCCACCGUGAUGCCCACAUUCCAGCUCUCAUGUUUCUUUGCUCAGACGUUCUUCUCCAUGUACAUCAUGUCCGCGGGCUUCUUUAUCAACCUCGAUAAUAUAUUUGAUGGUCUGAAGUGGGUCUCCUCGGUCUCCUAUCUCAAGUGGGGUUUCCAGGCGCUAUGUCAGGUCCAGAUUCUCGGGCUCUCGUUCACUUGCGAUGACGCCCUCCCCGGCUCGUGUAUACGGACAGGCGAACAGGCGCUCGAGAGCUACUCCCUGGAGGGCAACUCCGUGUGGGAGGCGUGCGCUGUGAUGGGGUCCUCGUGUAUCGUGUAUCUUAUACUGUUCUUUAUAGGAAUGAGAUUCGUUCCACAAAAACCGCACGAGAUUUGAUGACGUCAUAUGAUAUAGACGGGACCAUGUGACAGUGACAUAUAAUGUAAAUGUCAAAGCCCCUUAAAGGAAGUGCUUUGAGGUGGAUCUCUGAUACAUGUAUUUGUUCCCAUUAAUUUAUGGUUUCAUUUUCAUUGGUUGAAAAUAUCUGAAAUGGCUAUAGAGUGAAAUGGAUUUUUUUAAAUAUAAUAGUUGUCAAUGUUUAGCAUGAGUAUCCUAAGUUUGAGGGGACAUUUGGCUAGAUGGAGAUAAGUCAGAAGUUAUUAUAAUGAUUAUGUUGCAGUAGAUUACUUAACUUCAUUGGAGUUCUAAUUCAUCAAUGUUUUAUAGUAUGAAUUAUUUCUCUUUUGCAACAUUUAUUUUAAUGUGCAAUAUUUCCACACUAUUCAUGUUAUGUUUUAUUUGAUGUAUUUCUGUUUUUCUCCGGAUGUUAUAGAAAUUGUCAUUUUUUUUCUUCAUUUCUUUCUCAUUUUCAUCUGAAGGAAGAGGGUUUGUAACCCUUGAAGUCAAUGCACACGUCAAUGCAAAUGUGUCAUAUAUUUUCUAGCUGUGUUAAUAGUAGAUACUUAGUAUACAACUGACUUAAAUAAUUGGUCGGUUUUGUAUCCUUUUGAAAUCCGAUUUCUUUUCAAAUGUAUUUACUGGUUGAUCCAGUAAAAUUAAGACAGCUCGAAAUAUGUCUACAUGAUUAAUGUUAUCGUUGCUUGUUAUGUAUUAUUGAGAACAUAAUAAAUAUGGUAAAGUAGG